GAGCGUGUGUGAGGAGGAGGAGGAGCUCUACCUCUUCUCCCUCUGUGUGUCUUCAGUGUGUCCGUGGGUUCCGCAGCAGCCGGAGUGAAGAAGCUGUUGCAGAAACUCAAAUUACACCUGAACGCACCUGCAAUGCUCCUGGAUGCUCCUCUCCGUGCUCUCCUCCUUCUGAGCGGAGAAACUCUCCAAUGUGAGCUCGUCUGUGCGUAAAAGGGUCCGGCUCCGUCAUGGCCUAUCCUCAGGGGUUCCUCUUCCAGCCCUCUGUGUCACUGGCUCUGCCCUUCAGCUCGGGGAUCAUCCUGGGUCAGAGGACCGAGGGCUCAGCCUUCGCUCCGUACUCCGCAUCAGCGACCUCCUCUCCCGGAUUCAGCUCCCACUCGCCCUACGCAGGAGAGCCGCGGGCCGCCGCCACCAUCAGCUCCUUCAUGAAUCCGGGCUAUGAUCCAUCCUCGGGCGUCUCCGGAUCCUUGGACUACCAUGCUUUUGGGCCCCUGGCGGGUUACCCGUACGGAGACCCCACCUACAGGAAGAACGCCACUAGGGACGCCACGGCAACGCUGAAGGCCUGGCUGAGCGAGCACCGGAAGAACCCGUACCCCACCAAGGGGGAGAAGAUCAUGCUGGCCAUCAUCACCAAGAUGACACUGACGCAGGUCUCCACCUGGUUCGCCAACGCUCGCCGGCGGCUGAAGAAGGAGAACAAGAUGACGUGGACUCCUCGGAACCGGAGCGAGGACGAGGAGGAGGAGGAUGCCAUCGACCUGGAGCGCACCGAGGAGGACGAGGAGCCCCUGAAGUUGACCGAGGAGGAGACGGAGCUGCGGACCGACGGCGCCGUCCGUCACCUCCCAGCUCCAGAUUCCUGUCGGUUGACGUUCCGGGAGGACACUGGCACCGACCGCAGCCUCUCAGAUCCGAGGUCUUUGGACCAGAGGCUACCCCACAUUGUAGGUCCCACCUCAGUUUUAGGGGACCUUCCUCAGAGUAGGCCCCUAGAGACCCUCAGAGUCUCAGGGUCCGAGCGUAUGUCCUCACCGAGCUCCGUGUCUAAGGACCAUGUGGAUUUCAACAGCACCACUGAGGGGCCAAAUCCGGCCCCAAAACCCAAACUGUGGUCCCUGGCUGAGAUCGCUACGUCUGUGGACAAAAAUACAGGAAGCAAUGACUCGUCACAGAGCAGGGGGCGGAGCUCAUUGACCCACGGCCCCGCCCUGCCAAGACACCUGUACUACACUUCCCCUUUCAUCCCUGGAUACUCCAGCUUCAGGCCCCUGGGACCCCUACAGGGCGGCCCCGGUUCACACUUAAGUGGAUUACAGCAGAAGAUGCUGCAGCGGGCCGAGGCUGCAGCUAGAGACUGCCGACUGCGCAGCCAGAACCAGACAGAGCUGCACGAACUCAAGAGAGGCAUGACAAACGUGUAGAGGGUUCUGUUAUCUGACCAGUGGUGCCGCCUCAGAGAAUCCCAUAGAACUUUGACCCAAAGACAGUUUCACAGUUUUUUUAUGUUGAUCAGAUGUAACCUUUGUAGUGCAUUUCUGCACCCAACCUGACGUGUCAUUGAUUAAAAAAUAGUUUUAUUAAGAUGAAAGUGAU